GACAUUACAAUCAAAAUGGUGUGACCAACAGUCAGAGCAACAGGUGAUCUUGAUUCCCGGGCACGCGCAUGAAUGCCAGAUGUGUUAGCCAAUCAGAUAGGAAAGAGGUGAUAACACGAACCAAUCACAUGUUCCGGCAGUGUCUGUAUGGGCGUUGUUCCAGAAUGGGCAAACACAACAGCAGUGCUAUCAGCAGUGGAUCCACACGGGACACCAAGGAGAGAUAGGGAGGGUUUUUUUUCGGUUGUGGCGUCUUGCUUUUGUCGCCGUCGUUGCUUAAUUAAAAGGAGGAAAUGCACCCAGAACCGAAUUUCAGACUUAAAGGAUCGUGUUUAUGUUUCCAGAGGAUUUGAUUCAGUGUUUUCCCUUCGUGAUGCCUGGUAGUUGCUGCAGUCAUUUUGGAAUAUAACCAACUCUGACAAGCAUUCCUGGACAGCUCAAACCUCCCAGAUCACCAUCCCCAUGAGGCAAGAUGGGGAAUGGAUUGUCAGAACAACCUAGCCUCAUCUCAAGUAUCCCACACUUCCAGUGUUUUCACAUUGCCAUCCUCGGACUGGACUCUGCUGGAAAGACCACCGUCUUGUAUAGACUGCAGUUCAAUGAGUUUGUGAACACUGUGCCCACGAGAGGUUUCAAUGCGGAGAAGGUCAAGGUGUCACUGGGUGGCCACAGGACUGUGACAUUCCACUUCUGGGAUGUCGGUGGUCAGGACAAGCUAAGACCUCUAUGGAAAUCAUAUACUCGUUGCACAGAUGGCAUCAUAUUUGUAGUGGACUCUGUGGAUGCAGAGCGUAUGGAGGAAGCCAGAACAGAGCUACAUAAAAUUGCGAAGAUGUCUGAGAACCAGGGUGUGCCCCUCCUGGUGGUGGCUAACAAACAGGACUUGAGGCAUUCUCUGGGGCUGGAUGAAAUAGAGAAACUGCUGGCACUAAAAGACCUGGGCCCUGCAACACCGUGGCACCUGCAGCCAGCCUGCGCCAUCAUAGGAGAUGGACUAAGAGACGGCCUGAGCAAACUCCAUGACAUGAUCCGAAAAAGGAGAAAAGCACUCCGGCAGCAGAGGAAAAAGAGAUAAAGUUGUCAUUGGUAGACUAGUCUCCUUUUUUGUGUGAAGGAAACAAAACACUUUAUCCUGGGUAGAUUUCAGUCUCCACUGCACACACAACUGAGAUUUAAGAUCUUUGGUCCUGUGUUUAUACUGUUGAUCAGGAAGUGAACAUAAAGGAAUACGUAUGAAGAUGAGAAUGUUUCAGACAAGUAUUGCUAUGUCAUGUUAAGGAGUUUGUACAGAUAGAGAAGCACUGAGGGUUUGUGGUCUGGAAGGGUGAUAUAAGUUUUUUUAUGGAUGUUUUUUUAUGGAUGCUGUAUGACUGUGAACGGCUGUUCCAAACAAUCUCACCAAAAAAUAAGAAAAGGCUUUGACUCGUUAAAGUGUUAGUAGAUUAGAUUUGAACAAUGUUGUUCCUGAGGGGGAAAUUUAUUUUACCUUUACAUAUGUUAAUCUUUACACUGGACUUUCCUUUGUGAAAGAAAAUUAUUAUCAUGCGAUAAUAUGAUAAAUGGUCUGGUUUUACAUGGUGCUUUUCAACCUAUUGGUACUCAAAGCGCUUUAGAGUCACAAUUACGCAUCUGCCCAUUCACUUACACAAGCACACACUGGGCCAAGCACUGCCACCAUGUGAGGGUUCAGUGUUGUGCUCAAGGACACCUAAGUGUAGCCUCUGGGCUAGCUGUCUGAUCCUUGUAACAUGCCAAACAUGCUCAUGUCUUUUUUCUUUUUUUCUCUCUGUUUUUUUUUUUUUUUUUUUUUUUUUUUUUUUUUUUUUUUUUUUUAAAGCACUUUAGGGUAUCACUUUAUGGAGUUUAUAAAUUUCAAAUAUAUGUUAUGUUGGAUUUUACAGACAUGUUUUGGGCAAAUAAAGUAAAAACUUGCAUAGUUAUUGGUCCACCUUGGCCACAUUGCUAUACACUGCUUUGUUAAAUAAAUCAUGUUUAGAAUAACAUAAAUCAUGGUAUGGAAGGUGUCAUUGUUUCUUUUGGGUGAUAGAAUUCCUGAGCUUUGAGAAGAUGGCUUGUAGAGGUUAAUAAUAAUCAAAAUAAGCAGUGUGGAAAAACAUCUUUUAACAAUAUAUUAAAUCAUGAGUUUCCAGAGAGAAGCUUCUGAGUAGAUAAUAUUCCAGUACUAGUUAUUCUGUUCCGGUCUUCAGAAAAACAUGUCUUGUCACGCCUUGUAUUUAUCAACAGAUGUAUAUGCUGAGUGGUAGUAUAUUUGAAAGAGAAUAAAAACCUAAUACCUGUCUUUGCUUGCGAUGCUGUAGUGCAAAGGGCUAAGAAAUGCCUCAGUUCACACUCUGUCUCUUCAGGCCUUGAAAAUGUUGUUGGGGCAGUCUGGAGACGCGACCCAGUAAAACAGGCUUGGGCAGGAAACUGCAAAUCCAGGGGCGUUACUGGGUAAACUGAGUUAGGAUAGAUGCGACGGCUAUUGCAUUAACGCCAUUUGUUCUCCCGUUCCUUUGAAACAAUUAAUGACUGUCAGCCCAGCAGGCCAGAUCAGCAGCAGCUGACUUUCUAAAAUAACUGAUGGUAGAUUUCUGAUUUUCACUGCAAACUGAUUGAAUCGCCAAACUUCCUCACCAUACUGAAUAUCUGUUCCAGUUCAAUGCCAUUAUAAUGGAUUUAAUGUAGGGUUUUGGUGCUGCUUUUAAAAGUAACUUGUCUUUAUAUCAGAAUGUCACACAUUUGUAUCACUUCUAGGGUUGCAGCAGAAAGUACAUGAACUCAGUAGAAUUCUCAAUCUGAUUUAAAUUUUGACUAAUCUUGUUUUUUCUUAUUUGGAAGCCCAGGUGCCUCUUCCCUACUACUCGCUUGUGCUUCAUUUUUGCCAACACACUUUAAAACAGUGACCAAAAACAAUUACUUAAUCACAUAUACAGUUAUACAGUAUAGAGAAUAAGUUUUCCUAGGGUGAAUACAUUUCUUGUCUAGCAUCCAUUAACUCAUUAACAUUAGACAGUGUGCAACGCUCUAACCCCCAUGAAAAUAAAAGCACACUCCAAUGUCAUCGUCAGCACGUCUUGUAUGGAGUAGUUCAUCCAUACAUCAAGACAUCCCACUCAACAUUUCUUUUAUAAUGUACUGAAUCUAUCCCAACUGUUGUUGUAAACAGACGCCUGAGGCCUCAGUGGUUGUUAAUUUUCAAGUUGGGCGGCAUGCAGCUUAACACUGUACAAAAUGUUCUGCAGCUGUCUCUGACAGAGCUACAAACUGGGAGGAGUCACGUGUUCCAGAAAGAUUUCUCCACACUACAAAUUCCUAUGUUAAAGUUUGCUUUUGCUUGGUAUCCUUGAUGUUGUUCAGCAUAGUCACACCCUUGAAACACUCUCAGUAUAGAAACACAAGCCAUCAAGAGGUUCAACCACCCAUGACGUAUAGGCUUUAGUGCAAGAAAAAUUAUUCAAAAUACUUUGAAUGUUUCUGAUUAAAUAAUGUUUAAGUUCUGAAUGGUUAUAAUGUCACUAUUUAUCAAAGAAUCAAAUAAGUUGUGUGACAUUGUUCUGCUUAUACAGCCAGGAGAGUCUGAUCUGCUGCAUGAAUCUUGGACUCAAAAGCGUGGUCAGUUAUCAGUAAUCACAUUAGAGUUUUCUCUGAGAAUGCUUAAGAUUUAAGUUUUCCAAUGCAAAGCCAAAUAAUUGUUUUCAUCAACAAAGUAUUAGCUCAGUGAUGGAGAGUAUUGGCUCAAAAUUGCACAGAUAGUUUCAAAUUGUUAUUGGAGAACCAGUUGUUGAAUAAUAAUUGGUAUUUGUAAUCAUUUCUGAUAGCAUUUUUUUGCGAAAUCACACCUAUGAUAAAAGUUAGAGGCCGGACUUGAUAGGACAUGAUAUUUAAAUGACUCACUGGAAAACCUUGGGACUCGAAGGUAGUUUUGUGGUAAAUACAUGCAUGUGUGCAUAUUUGAAACAGUGAGUAAAUGCCUUUUGUGGCCUUGAACCCUGGUGUACUCAGUUAACCCUUUCUUAGCUUCCACAGCACAUGCUCAAAUGGAGACAGUUUUACAAUAAAGCUGCAACAUCUGAAGUUCCAUUGGAGUUGCACAUAUGUCAAAUGUGGUGCAAAGUGCCUGUAGAACAAACUGUUACUUUAAAAUGCAUUCCCUUUAAAGACAAAGCUUUUGCUCUGCACACUCAUGAUACGUUGCUGUUGGUGUCAAACUGCACUGCCGCACUUUCCCAUAGACCUGUCCUCCAGAGGGUCCUCUGAUCCUGCUGAGUUUUGAGAUUUAUCCUGUUAUGUACUUAAAAAGGGACACUGCAGUGCAAUGCAUGAUCCUAGCCUGGUUAUUGUGCAAUGCUAUCAUGACCGGAUUCACUGUUUUCCCCCAUUCUAUUGAGAGCGAGUGCCUAUUUACAUGUAAAUUCCUCCCACAGCCCCGAAGCCUCGCUCAGUGUACUAACUGGGCCACCUGCAGGGGGAAUGGGGGGGGUUAGAGUAUACUGAGACACAGUGAGAGAGCUGUGUCAAACUGAGUGGAAGAAGAUCAGACAGAUAUUGUAUUCUGUUAGGUCUACCUGGAUGUACUUGUUAAAACUGUUAUGGUAAUUCUUUUUAAUAUUAGUGUUUCAGAAUUCAUAAACAAACAAUACCAAAUUACUUCAGUAUAUGUCAAAACUCUUCUCCUACAAUAUGUUUCAUACAGUUUACAAGUAAUUGCUGACUACUUUGCCAAUUACAUUAUACACCUUUUUUUUUUUUUUUUUUUUUUUGCUCUUAUCUCUUGUGUGUAAAAGUUAGUAAAGCACAAUGGAUGAUUUUAAUAUGGGGCUGCCUGAAAUUGUAAGCUAGUAAGAGGCUAGUAUGCUUUCAACAAACCAUUUGGUAAACUGUAUUUCCUGAUCAUGUUUCAAAGCUACAUGUUUAGUUGCUUAAAGUUAUUUUUGCUUAAGCAGUAAAACAUGCCAGCUCUUCUGAUAACUUAAACCACCCAACUCAUGACACAACAGCGUGCGCCAAUGUCAAAUUGUAAUAAAUUCUAACAAAAACAAAAAGAGAUGUGAGAUAGAAAUCCACUCUUUCAAUCAUCUAUCAGAAUAAAGUUUUCCAUUCGUUUUAUUUUCCCAUGAACACUGUUGAGCUGUACGUUCAGGUUAAACAAACAAACGAAAAAUUUAAGGUACUGGGCUUAAUGCUUUUUAAUUAGAACAGUACAAAGCCAAUACUAGUGUGUUGCAGGACAGUGUUUUUGCUUUGGUGUGAUUGACAGAUCGCAAUGCUCUCUGUGUGGAAGGCUAAUUGUUGUGGAGAUGAUUUUUUUCUUUCACCUGUUAAACUUCAUCUGAGAGAACAUUGUGGUGACAGCUGGAAAAACAAGAGAAAUCUGUUUACGAGUUGGUGUAUGCAUUAAAUGAUGGGAAAAUUACUUUUUCAUUCUUUCCUCUCUCUCCCAAAGUGUCUCUGACACACUUUAAAAUAUCUGUAUAUCUCAUGUAAAUUGAACUUUAAAUUGGACUGUAUAUUUUUCUGUAAUUCUUUACUACCUCAUUCUUAUUCUACUUUUAAGAUUAUUUUAUUUUAUUUUGAUUCUUAUUCUAAUGUCUGUGUCUGGUUCAUAUCUUAUUUCUUAUCUUGGGACUCUUGAACAAAACAAUUUCCCUGUGGGGAUCAAUAAAGUGAUCUUGAAUCUUGAA